ACGGCCUACUGAUCAACCUCCCCGUUCCGUUCCGUUUUGACCUUCCAGUGCUGUGCCGCCGCAGUAACCCACCGCCGCAAGCAUCCCACCGCGCCGCGCUGCACGACGCGGCGGCCCAAUCCAACCGCAGCAGCAGAGCCAGCCCCUCCUCUAUAAAAUCUAUCCCCUACCUACCGGCUCCUAGGCCUCGCUCGCUUUCCCCACAUCCACCACGGCCUCAGCGCGGAGGAGGAGACGAAGACUUUCCCUUUGCUUCCUGCGCAAUUCCUGCUGCGUGUUUCCAUGGACAGCGACUGCGUUGCCAGCCUGCUGAUGGGCGCCUCUGCCCCGGCGCUGGACCUCGGGGCCCUGGACGGCGGGUUUUUCGAGACGCUCUGCGGCGCCGCCGCCGGCGCUGGGUUCGCCGCCGGCGUCGGCCUGCUCGGGGCGACGGCGGGCGGCUCCCGGGAGGGGUCGUCGGUUUCCGACCCGGCGUGGGUGCGUUCAAGGGACGGCGGCAAUGCCAGGAAGAGGAAGUCUCCCGCGGGGGCCGCCGGCGGGAACGGAGAGGACGCCUGCUUGGGCAAGGUCGGCGAGGCGAAGGGGCUGGACGGGAAGAGGUGCAAGGUGGGCGGAGGGAGCCCGGCGAAGCCGAAGGUGGAUGAGACGACCGCGAGCGACGGCACGUUCGGGGACAGGGAGACGAAACAGGGCAAGGGGAAGAGCUCCAAGACCGCGGCGGUUGAGCCGCCCAAGGACUACGUCCAUGUCCGGGCGCGGAGAGGGCAGGCAACUGACAGCCACAGCCUUGCAGAGAGGGUUAGAAGAGAGAAGAUUAGCCAGAGGAUGAAAUUUCUUCAGGACCUGGUGCCAGGAUGCAACAAGGUGGUUGGCAAGGCGCUCAUGCUUGACGAGAUCAUAAAUUACGUGCAGUCGCUGCAGCAGCAAGUCGAGUUCCUGUCCAUGAAGCUCGCGACAGUGAAUCCACAACUCGACUUCAGCAACCUGCCUAAGCUUCUACACAAAGAUAUGUACCAAGCAUGUGGCCCUUCACAGAGUUCGGUCUUUCCAUUGGAGAGUGCCGGUGCAACUUUUCCAUUUUGUGACCAAGCAGAUCUUUUCCAGUCCUUUGGUUCGGAUGCUAUGGAGGAUCAGUUCUCUCUAGGUCUGUUAGACACGGCUCUACCCCACACAACCAACCCACAGUUUGCUUUUCAAAAACAGCAAAGAGACUUCUGGGAGGAUGGUCUCCAAAACGCUUUGCCUAUCAGCAGUGAGCAAAGCCAGGGGGAGGGGGUUUCAGUACCGAAUUUUGAUGGUCAGUUACAAGCUGAUCACACAAAGAUUGAGUUCUAGUCCCUUGUAAUCUCCAAGGUUGAUAUUUUUUGUAUAUACCUGUGCCAAGUGAAGUCCCUAAGCUGACUGUCAUUAUUAGACUUUGGGCCUGAGAACUGAUUCAUUUCAUCAUAUGCUGGAUGUACGGCAACACUAUUCUUCUCACAGAGAUUGCAGAAAGUAGAUGGUGUGACAGAUAUGGUGCAAAUAUUACAAGCGCCAUCUUCUAAAGUUUUAAAUAUGUAAGAGCUGGCUGGUAUUGGAACGAUACCAUGUACUGUUGCAUUUUUAUCUGAAGAUGAAACGUACCGAGAUAUUUCUCCUCA